AUGCAAUUUCUAAUGAUGAAUUUUGGCAAACCGUUGGCUCACUGCUUCACUUUUAUCUGGAAAUCAUUUUUACAAUAUGCUAUUCGACAAAAUCCACCUGAUACUUCAAAUAAUGGAUAUGAUAAAUCGAACAAUGUAAUGCCAUCGGUUAUAGAAUCUGAUGAUUGUUGUUCUGUGGACACAUCGUCGUAA